CAGGAGGACGCAGCAGGCCGGCCGUGUUCCUGGCAAAUUCUUGCCUCCUGCAGACAACCAUGUCGGAGAUCCUCUGCCAGUGGCUCAACCAGGAGUUGAAGGUGUCCUGGACCGUGAAUCCCAAGUCAUUUGCAAAGGCAUUUUCCAAUGGCUAUCUGAUUGGAGAAGUUCUGCACAAGUUUGAACUUCAGGAAGAUUUCUCAGAAUUUUCAGAAAGCAGGGGUGCAACUGCCAAACUUAAUAAUUUUUCCCGUUUGGAGCCAACACUUCACCUUCUGGGUGUGCAGUUUGAUCAGAAUGUGGCUCAAAGCAUCAUCACAGAAAAGCCUGGGGCGGCCACGAAGCUCCUGUACCAGUUGUACAUUGCUCUCCAGAAAAAGAAGAAGGCAGGGCUGACUGCAGUGGAGUUACAGACAAUGCAACCUCAGGCAAGCAUAAGGCUCCAAAGCAUGAAAAGUGAAGCUUUUCGAGAGAAACUCAAACAUCUGAUUCCACGGCAAACUGAUUUCAGUCUGAUGCGGGUCUCAUGCAGGUUCCAAGAAAAAUGUAGAAAAAUGAAAGAAGAUCUUGCCAGAAUGCAGUUUGAGAAUAUCGAAAGAAUUCAAAAAAUCAGGGAGCAACAAAGAUCUUUUAAUAUCGAAAAGCAACGCCUAAACAGAAGACGACAAAAUGAAAUCAUGGCCAAAAUCCAAGCAGCGAUUAUACAGAUUCCUAAACCUGAACCAAAUCGUACUUUAAAAGCAAUUGAGGCCCAGAAACUGCUGAAAAAGAAAAAAGAGGCAGAGGAUGUGGCCAAUGAGAUUAAGAAGUUUGAAGCCCUAAUAAAGAAGGAUCUGCAGGCAAAAGUGAGUACAUCCAAGACUUCUUUAGAAAUAGCGGACCAUACAACUACUGACUUGUUAAACACAUACUCCGAUGAUGAUUACAUUAAAAAAAUCCAGAAGCGCCUAGAAGAAGACACCUUUGCAAGAGAGCAGAGAGAGAAGAGACGGCGGAGGUUGCUAAUGGACCAAUUGAUAGCUCAUGAAGCUCAGGAGGAGGCGUACCGCGAGGAGCAGCUGACCCACCGGCUGAUGCGCCAGUCCCAGCAGGAGCGCAGGAUCGCCGUGCAGCUCAUGCAUGUUCGCCACGAAAAGGAAGUUCUGUGGCAAAACAGGAUUUUCAGAGAAAAACAGUAUGAAGAAAGACGACUUAAAGAUUUCCAGGAUGCCCUUGAUCGAGAAGCGGCUUUGGCCAAGCAAGCCAAAAUUGACUUUGAAGAACAAAUCUCCAGGGAGAAGGAAAUUCAUGAGAGGAUAUCCACGGAAAGGGCUCAGGCUCGCUAUGAAAAGCAUUAUACAAUAUGUGCAGAAAUUCUGGAUCAAAUACUUGAUUUGUCCACUAAAGUAGCAGACUACCGAAUGCUAACAAACAAUCUGAUUCCAUAUAAAUUGAUGCAUGACUGGAAAGAACUAUUUUUUAAUGGGAAACCCAUAUACCAACAAGCCAUCAUGAAGAACCUGGCUGAUCAUCCUUCAGAGGAACACCUUAUAGAACUGGAGAAAACGGAGUUGCUUGAUAAGAAUGACUAUGAAGAGUACAAGAACAUGGUUGGAGAAUGGGCUUUACCGGAAGACAUGGCUGACAACUUACCGCCCUCCAACAAUUCCAUAUUGGGCCACGUGCUUCACAGAUUAAUUGAAAAAUCUCUUCCUCCUCAACAUGACUCAGCAGACACGGAAUUACCUUCACUGGCUGUGAAAGGAUGCUUGUUGGGAAAAACACUCAGUGGGAAAACUACCAUUCUAAAGUCUCUACAAAAUGAGUUUUCUAUUCAGGUACUUUCUAUAGACACACUUGUCCAAGAGGCUAUCCAAGCAUUUCAUGACAAUGAACAAGCCCCUGAGGGUCCACCAGCUGAAAUGGAGGAGAAUCAAGACCAACCCCUGCCUGUCCUGAAGGAAAGCAGCGAGGAGGAGAGGCAGGAUCUACAAAAUACAUUAUCACCUGAUCCAGUUUCAAAGGAAGCAUUACUAGAAACAGAAGAUCCCAAAACUAGUGAAGCUGAGGAAGUCAAAUCAAGUGAUAGUUUUGCAAAACUUACUGUGAGAGCUCAGCUGGGUGCGAAAUCAGAAGCGUUGCUAAAGAAGGGAAAGAGCAUUCCAGAUGGACUGCUAGUUAACAUCAUGGUAAAUGCCAUUAAUGAGAUACCUGCUACACAGAGCUGGCUACUUGAUGGUUUUCCAAUGACACUAAACCAGGCACAGCUCCUGGAGGAAGCUCUCACUGGCCACAACAGGAGCCUCCUGGAAAUGGAGAGAAGAAAAUCACGAAUACCCACACUAGCAGUGGAUCCCACAGCUUCCAAGGAAGUGCCUCUUCCUGCUUCUGCAUUUGAUUUUGUCAUAUUGCUAGAUAUUUCAGACACUUCCUCAUUGAGUCGCAUGAACAAUAUCUUUGAUGAGGAAACAUCACGGCAAACUUCUUGUGACAAUGUCGUUCAAACUGGAGCUACUGAAAUCCAAGGCAAGGAUGUGAACCAGAACUUAAGAGACCAGAUACAGCAUAGAAUUGUAGGCUUCUUGGACCACUGGCCUUUGUUGGAGCAAUGGUUUUCAGAGCCACAGAACAUUUUGACCAAAAUCAAUGCUGAAAUAGACAAAGAUUCUUUAUACCAGAAAGUAAAAGAAAUUUUUUCAAUUGAAAUCAUGAAUAAAAAGAAUAAAGUUGAAAAGAAAUUAGAAGAGGAUGAGAAGAAAGCAGCAGCUUCACUGGCUGAACAUCCACCUUUUCCCACUCCUCCCCCUCCUCCUGAACCAGAACAAGAGAAGGAAGCACAGCCUCAUCAUGACAUGUCAAGAAUUUCUGCAAAAGGAAAGCCACAAUCAGGUGACUGACAAAGUGAUUGUGUCCUAUAGGUCAGUUUCUUAUUUUCACAUAGAAAAGAAUGAUAAAUGGCACUACCGGUUCAUUUAUCUGGAUUUAAACUUAGGAUAUUUCAAUCAUAUGAAUCAAAGAACUAGUCUCAAAAGUAGAAAAGCUCUCUCUUUCUCUUCUCUUUUUUCCCCUCCCCUCCCCUCCUCUGCCCUUCUCUAUCUCUCUCGCUGUCCUCAUGUACUAAGCAUAUGCUUGACUACUGAGCUGUGUCCUUAUUCAAGGAAAAGCUCUCUUAAUAGUGAACAACACAAUUUAUUUUUCUAGCUCAGGGGCUUGACUGUAUUGCAGGGGAUAUGGAAUCAUCACACUCAGACAAACUACUUAGACAAUUACAUAUUAACGUGACAUGCAGGUUUGUAUAUGGCCAGAAAUAUUCUGUCCUAGGUGAUUAUAAAUGAUAGAACUGAAUACCUGACAUCUCAGCAAACUUAUAUGUUUAUUAAUCAAUAGGGGAAAAGCCAUACAGGGAAUAGUUUUUAGUUUAAAGUUUUGCAGAUCUUUAGUCACUGAGAACCCUGAAACUAGCAUUAAGUGAUAGAAAAUCAACAUGACAAAAAUAAAUUGUUCAAGUACUGUCCCAUAUGAUAUCUGUAUAGUGUCAGUAGCAAUUAUGUAUAGAAGACAUACAUGAACCCCUAGUGUGUGUUUCAGCUUUAUAAGUGGCUGACUGUGCAGUUAUACAAGUCUAUCUAUGCAUCUGUAAUGUAUCAUGAGCAUAUUUCUAACUUGAUAAUCUUUUGACUGCCUGGAGACUUAAGAUAAAUCUGAAUCUUAUUUUCACAAAAUUAAAUUUGCCCAGAGUAAGUGCAGAAAUUUGAAACACAUCAAAAACUUUUGCUUCAUAUGAUUUAAAUUAUUUCCUUUAUAGUAACAUGAAUGAUGAUACAUUAAGUACUAUUUUGCUUCAACAAACUGAAGUAUAAAU